UAGCAACAAAACAAGAGCCCUCUGGGGCCUCUGGCAGAGGCCCGAAGCUGGAACCAUCAGGGAAUAUGAGUGAAUUUUGGCACAAACUGGGCUGUUGCUUGGUAGAGAAGCCCCAGCCGAAGAAGAGGAGAAGACGGAUUGACCGCACCAUGAUUGGGGAACCAAUGAAUUUUGUCCACUUGACUCACAUUGGCUCGGGAGAGAUGGGAGAAGGAGAUGGACUUGCCAUGACCGGUGCAGUUCAGGAGCAGAUGAGACCCCAAGGGGGAAACCGGGACAGACCGUGGAGCAGUUCUAGGGCCUUGUAGCUCCCACAGGCCUGGCUCUGCAGUCUUGGCGUUCCCAUUCCGUGUCCAGCCCAGAAGAAGUGCUGCCCACACCAGAUCCCUUCCACAACCAGUGACC